AUGGCCACACUCGCAGACGAAUUGCUCAACGACUUCGAAGACUCCGCAUCCGAGCAAGGUGACGAGAACAACGAGUUCCAGCCCGGCGAUGAGAAUGGCGAAACGAGUAAUGGCCUCAAGCACGAGGAGGGUAUGGAGGUAGACGCGAAUGAAGACGAGAUGGAAGGUGCAGAGGAAGAGGAAGAGGCUCGCAGAAGGAUUGGCGGCGACGAUGACCUUGAAGAUGCAGACGAUGCGAAAGCGAAAGUCGAGAAAAUGAAACUCGGGGGUGUGAGUGAUGUGAGAAACGUGGCGGGCUUGAUGAAGCAGCUACAACCAGUUCUAGAGAAAAUUGCACACUAUCAGAGCAUACCUCCAGCGCAGCGGACGACUGGCGUCGGUUCGAUUGAAGAUGAUCCCGAAUACAAGCUACUGACACAGUCCAACUCACUGUCAACCCAAAUCGACAGCGAGAUCAUCCUUGUUCACAAGUUCAUCCGCGACCACUAUUCAACGCGAUUUCCGGAACUCGAAACCCUGGUCUCGAAUCCUCUCGCCUAUGCAAAGACAGUAGCUAUCCUCAAGAAUGGGCCGCUUGACAACAUCAACAAGAUUGCCAACUCUCCAGACAACAUCAUUGGUGCACCGCUACGAGCGGUUCUUGAUGGUCCAACGCUCAUGGUCGUGAAUGUUGAGGGAGUACAGUCGCGCGGUCAGGAGAUGAGCGAGGGAGAGCUGCAAGCCACCCUGCGCGCCUGCGAGAUGACGCUUCAACUCGAUAAGGCCAAGACGAUACUUACGCAGUAUGUCCAAUCGCGAAUGGACAUCUUCGCCCCAAACCUUACGGCACUGAUCGGUUCUUUGACGGCUGCCCAACUUCUCAACUUUGCUGGUGGCAUCAAAGGUCUGGCCAAGACUCCUGAUCGCAACAUCCCAGCCAUGGGUUCGAAAAAGCAAAGACAAUCGGGUCUGGCCACUAACGUCGGGAUUCGGCAGCAGGGCUACCUGUAUCACUCGCCCAUUAUACAAGAGUUACCAAAUGACUUGCGUGUCCAAGGUAUGCGCAUAGUCGGAGCCAAGCUUGUUCUUGCUGCACGUGUAGACAGCACACAUGGAUCUCGAGACGGGUCAACGGGCCUUCAAUUACGUGAUGACUGUCAGAAGCGUCUUGAUAAGCUGUUGGAGAAGGCGCCAAACCGAGGACCUCGAGCUCUUCCCGCACCAGACGAUAAGCCAAGCAGGAAACGUGGUGGACGAAGAGCAAGGAAAGCGAAAGAGGCCACGGCGAUGACCGACCUCCGCACGCAGCAGAAUCGAAUGGCCUUUGGCAAAGAGGAGAGGGAAGUUGGCUUCGGCGAAGAUACAGUCGGUCUAGGGAUGAUCGGGCAACAGAAUGAUGGACGCAUCAGAGCGACACAGAUUGACAAACGCACCAUGGCAAAGUUGUCAAAGAAGAACCCUGGUUGGGGUGGCUCAGGUUUGCAGUCCAGUCUGAAUACCGGUGGUGCAAAUACAAGUCUAAGGACGUUCGGUAUGGCUUCCAGCUUGCGUACUUCGGGUCUACGGACUAGUGGUGUUGGUCAAGGGGCAGGCACCGCCAGCAGUAUCGCCUUCACUCCUGUACAAGGCCUCGAGCUGGUGGACCCGAAAGUGCAGGCGGAGCUCAAGCGCAAACGAGAGGCAGAAAACGCUGGUUAUUUCUCCAGUGGAACUUUUACUCAGGUCAGUGGAGGGUCAAAGAAUGGUCUGCCAGCGGCUAAGAAGGCAAACUUUGGAAUGGGACCUCCCCCGAAGCCGAAGUGA